CUGGAGCCCCCUCCCCAAAAAAGUCUCCCGUCUUUAUUUUAGCAAAACUUUUCGAUAUAAGCUCUACAGUUUGGAAAGGUGCCAAUGGGAGGAACGAGAAAGAUCUGGACCGCCAUGGAUAUCGAAGCAAACCAAGCUAAGCAAAACAACUGCAAUUCAACCGUCGAUGAUUCAAUCCCUCACUCCGCUCUCUCAGUCGAUACCGCUCUUUCUUUUCCCCUUAUGGUUUCUUGCGUCAUCGAGUUGUGUAAGGAUCUGUUUGGGAAAUGGGCGAAGUUGGACGAUUCUUGCUUCUCCGUCGAGACUGUAUCUGGCGGCAUCACUAAUCUUCUGCUAAAGGUAUCUGCGAAGGAAGAAAAUGGAGAUAAUGUGUCUGUAACAGUUAGAUUAUAUGGACCUAACACAGAAUAUGUCAUCAACCGUGAACGUGAGUUACAGGCAAUCAAAUACCUCUCGGCUGCUGGAUUUGGUGCCAAGUUGCUUGGAGUUUUUGCAAAUGGCAUGGUUCAAUCUUUUAUAAAUGCGCGUACUUUAACUCCAUCAGACAUGAGAAAGCCAAAGCUGGUUGCUGAAAUAGCUAAGCAACUUCGUAGAUUCCAUCAAGUGGAAAUUCCAGGUUCAAAAGAACCUCAGCUAUGGGUUGACAUCUUUAAGUUCUUUGAGAAAGCAUCUGCUCUCCAAUUUGAGGAUAUUGAUAAGCAGCUGAUAUAUGAGACAAUUUUGUUUGAGGAAGUGCGUAAGGAAGUUACACAACUGAAGGAAUUGACAGGCCUUCUUAAUGCUCCGGUGGUGUUUGCCCACAAUGAUUUACUUUCUGGAAAUUUGAUGCUUAAUGAUGAACAUGAUAAGCUAUACUUCAUUGAUUUCGAGUAUGGGUCGUACAAUUACAGAGGCUUUGACAUUGGAAAUCACUUCAAUGAAUAUGCAGGCUAUGACUGUGACUAUAGCUUGUAUCCUAGUAAAGAUGAACAAUAUCAUUUUUUCAGGCAUUAUUUACAACCUGAAAAACCAUAUGAGGUAUCUGAAAAAGAUCUCGAAUCUCUCUAUGUCGAGACAAACACCUUCAUGUUAGCUUCACACUUGUAUUGGGCUUUAUGGGCAAUAAUCCAGGCAAGGAUGUCUCCCAUCGAUUUUGAUUAUCUUGGUUAUUUCUUCUUGCGGUAUAAUGAAUACAAGAGGCGGAAGGAGAUGUGCUUCUCACUUGCACAAUCUCACUUUUCCGGACCUGGGACAGUAUAAGAUUGUUAGCGUACACGCAAAUAGCAAAAAUUCUUUAUGUUAUGGAUUUGUAGGAACAGUGUUUUGAUUCCUUUGUCAGUAUUCUUGUAAAAUAUUCUUUUGAACCCAUUUCUGAGAAACAAAAUUGAAAAUUAAGAUUGAAAGAAAUAAAGCAAUGGCAGGGUGAUCCUGGUUUAGCAGAA